CUCAUUAGCAGUUACUCAGUAAAAACUGAAAGGGCGAUACACGCGACGUUUUUUUUUUCUCUUUUUUUUUACAUACACUAACACAGUGAAUGAUUAAAAGUCCUUUGAUUUAUAUGAUAAUCGGCUUUAUUGGUGCUUGUUGUGAAGAUAUAUUAUGGAGCUAGUUACACUGGCUAAGGAGGUAUUCCAGAGUAUAGCGGAGCAUGCAGCGAGCUACCGGCUGGGGCAGUCGGUACUGAGGCACCUCGACCGCACACUAUGGGUCGUUGAGAAGUGCGCAAGAUGGGCCGUCCCGCCACCAUUGGAUCAGGACGAGCGUCCCCAACCAGAGUUAGUGCGGCCUCUACCAUGGGUGUUCUUCCUAGCACUCAUAGUGGCGUUGCGAAUCACCCGGGAGUCUAUAUCACUCAUCAAUCUUGUUAUGGGGAAACCGCCGCUGAGAUCUGCCGAUGUGGUGAUGUACAUACAAAGUCACCGUCGCUAUCUCCGCACACUAAAGUACCAGGGCAACAGAUUGAGUCGCGCGCGCACUAGUAGUGGCCAGCCGCGCCAGUCCUGGGCGUCCGCGCUACAUUCACUCUUCGAGUUCACCAUGUGCUUCCGACGACACUCACACCAUUAUGGCAAUAACAACAGCACCCAUGUCAGCAAUAAUGAAGAAGUUUUGGUGGUAAAGAGAAGUAAGCGCGGUCGUGAGCACGCGAGCCCCUCUGCAUCCACCAGCGAGACCACCAUGGAACGACUUAUUGAGAAGAUGAUGGUGGAUCUAGAUGCCGACUCUGAUGAAGACUCCAGUUUUACGUUGACCAACGUAACAAGUCCAAAGAGCGACAGGUCUGACUUCACAACAGAGUCGGACCAGGACACGAUAUAUCAAAACAACGUCUCAGACAAGGCGAAUGAGGAAAACGGUCCAGUCGACUCACCAUACUCACCCAACAUGUCCGAAGCUCCCUGCUCCACGCCCGAAAGAACUGAAGAAGUUAUCAAUGAACCCGAAUCUCCAGUAACAGAGAAGGAAGAAGAAAAAAUAGAAGAAAAAGAGAAGAUAGAAGAUUCUUCUACUGAACCAGAAGUACUUUCAGCCAAAGAACAAACACUAAGGUUCAUACAACAUGAGACAGCUCCAUCAAAAAUUCCCCGCUCACCGAACAAUGAACAGAAAAUCGGUACGAAAUUAAAGAUUUGGUCUAUUAAAAUGAAAGAGAAAUUUUCUAAGCAACAUCAUACGAUACUUGGAACCCCAGUAGCGGAGAAAGAUAGAAGAAACUCAGACUCGCAGGGUGGGAAGAAUUCAUCGUCGAACAGCAUGUAAGGAGGAUACAAAGUAAAUCUCACACAGUCAAUCAUGCGAUGCUGCCGUGCAGUUUGUGAAUAGUUUAAGUUUAUAUUUAACUGUUAAUUUUUUCGCUAAAAGCCGUUCACUAAAUUCACGUUGUCUAAAAUAAGGUUAAAAUACUAAUUUAAGUGAACUGUAAGUUAAUUCAUCCACUUUAAAUAUAUUCUUUAUUAAUUCAGACGUUUUAUCUUUUAAAAUAAUGUCAUUCUAAUCUAUUGUACAAUAUUACAUAUUCAUAUAUGAGCAAUUAUUGUCCAUUAUAAUGUCUGAAGAAGCACUUUUGUAACACAACAAAAUAUUGCACCGUAUUUAUAAUGCCGUAACGUCGGUAAUUGAAUGGCGUAUAUAAUAAGGCCUGUUUACAUCUCAAGGUAUUUGCAAUUGACAAGUAAAUUAACAUAAGAAACACACUGUAAUUAGUAAUGCCACAUUUUCAGGUUUUUCCUAUACUGAAAGUGUAAACUGGGCCUUAUUAUGAUUAUUACUUAUUUGUGGACAACAUCUGUUUGUCGUUGCGUCCAAGAACGAAUUUAUUUUAUGCAUUUUAUUAUUGAAUCUCGCAUUUUUUCCGUUCAUACGUAAACUACGUGUAAUUAAUAAAUGUUCAAGUCGGUAGACAAACUUAUAUAUUGAACAUUUUAUGAGACUUUAACAUAAUGCAAUCAUUCAUGUUAAAGUUUGUUCUUAUUUCAAAAUAAUAUACUUAAAUUCAUAUGCAUUUAUAGCAUUGUUUUAAAGAUUCCUCUCGAUAUUUCAUCUGAAUAAAUAGUCUUACAGUCGUCAUUUAUAAAUCAAUAAUUAAAUCAACAUUGGUGCAUGCAUGUUUUAUGUAACUUUAUGUAUAGUAAAUAGUCAAUUAUAAUAUUAAACAUUCACUAGAGAUAUAUAUGUAAUUUUUUAUU